GCAGAGCUCUGCACGUCCGCACCAUGUCCUGGGCUCCUGUCGUACUGGUGCUCCUGGCCCACUGCACAGGUUGUGACCCUCAGCCGGUGCUGAAUCAGCCGCCGUCGGUGUCCUCGUCCCUCGGAACCACAGUCCGCCUGGCCUGCACCUUGAGCAGCGACCAUGAUGUUGGCGUUUACAGCAUCUACUGGUACCAGCAGAGGCCUGGCCACCCUCCCAGAUUCUUGCUGAGAUAUUUCUCCCACUCAGACAAGAGCCAGGGCCCCAAGAUCCCCCUUCGCUUCUCCGGUUCCAAAGACUUGGCCAAGAACACAGGGUAUUUGAGCAUCUCUGAGCUGCAGCCUGAGGAUGAGGCUGUGUAUUUCUGCGCUGUGGGGGCCCAGAGCUUGGGCAGGGAGAAGGAGAUGGACAGGGAGAGGGGGGAAGACAAGGAGCCUGCUGCUUCAGGGCCCCAGGCACCCCAGGACAUGCUUACCUUGAACUAAAGACAAGGGGCACACAUCCCCACGGA